UUCUAUCGAUUAAUCGAGUAAUCGGAUAAAACAAAUAUAUUUUUAGGUGAAGAGCAAUUAUACAUAUACAUGAGAAAACAAGACAUUUCAUCUAAUCUUGAACCAUUUUCAGUCAAUCAAUGUCUUUAUUUUCGUUGUAUAUUGUUGAAAACAGCCAACAAUUGCAUCUCAGGUGUAACUAGAAUAAAAAAAAAAGACUAAUUCACUGCUUUCACUCAAAAAACUUUUAGAUCUUAUUAAUAUAUAUAUAUAUCUUACCUAAAAAUGCCGUUACGCUUGAUAACACACAUCACUUAAAAGUUAGGAUUUUUUCCCCACGUGUUUCAAUUGAAUUUCUCAUUGUGUCAAGCCAUUUUUAAGUUCUAGUUAAGUUUUAAGUUAGUCUAAACUGUAAGUCCUGAUAGGAUUUUGAGUUUUUGCAGUGUUCAAAAUAAAUGUAUGAUACAGGCUGUAUUGGAGCACAUUAGGGACCAGUGCUACUUGGUGUUUUAUCCAGCAAUGACUACUGAGCUAAAAUUGAUAGUUAGCAUGAUUACGUUUUUAUUUUACACCCUCAUCACUCCACAAUGCUAUGUUAUGUUAAAGCCUGUAUGUAAGACACGUUAGCCACGCAUCGACAGUGGUCAUAAUUAAUUGAAACCUAGCCCUCCGCAGGGCUAACGUUCCGUGAGCUAGUAGCGACAGUAACGUUAAUCUUAUUUAUUAGCGCUUAGCGCUCUUUAUUAGCGCUCUUUAUUAGCGCUUAGCGCUGUACUGCUUUAAGAUGGCGGCUGUUUACAAACGCUGCCCAGACGCGGCCGAGUCUGUCAAUGCUCAUCUAGUUCAACAUACAUGUGAUCUCAAUGAGACGCGCCAGACGCUGCCUGUUACCAAUGUAGCAUUGUGCGGGCUAGUAUUUAGCAACGUCGGCGUCGUUUGUGGCGGCUGUCGGCUGCGAUGUUUUGGUCCAACUUUGAAACUAGAACUGGCAUCCUGUUUGGAUACUGAAGUGACACUCAAAGCGUCUGAGUCCAGACAAUGGAUUGGACUUUUGAUCAAACAUCAGUGUAGCGUCUAAACAUGUUAAAGGUUCAAGGUGUUUGUUCUGUAUAACACUUUUGCAGCAUUGUAGGGUGACUUAAUAGUCCCAGUAUAUAACGAUGAGUGUUUCUAAGCCCAUUGAGAGUAUCGCCCGCAAAGGGAAGAGCGACACCAGCAUUAGACUUUGUCUUCACACUACAGGAGACCACAAUGGAAAUGCUUGUCCAACUUCCUCAUCUUCUUCCUCGCCCUCCUUAUGUUUUGGGGAAUCAUCUCUGGAGUCACUUUGUAGUCGGAACAGCAUCAGCAGUGGCUGUAUUGACAGCCCACAAGACUAUGACAUGUUCGAAAUCACAGUGGCAGCUUCUUUACUGACUGGAACUAAGCAAAUUGUAGAAGAUGCCAUUUCCAACUGGCAACAAGAGGGCAAAAAGAAACUUGACAAAAAUAAAGAUGCUGGAAUUGAAAGGAUUCAAACAGAAUAUGAGCUGUCAGAAUCCAAUGACAACUCUGUGUCGGUUUACCUUGACGCCAGCGCUGGUGGACACCAGGAAACCAGGAAUGACAAUGAUGACCUUGCUCUGUCCCUAUCUCUGAUAUGCGAUACUGUUGAUCAUGUUAAUAAUUCUAAUAACAGAUCUAAAAAUAGACAUGGCUCGUCAACACCUGACUCAGAAGCAACAGAAAUUCUUCCAGAUGACGAUACUGUAGACGAUGAGGCUUUGUAUUUUUCAAUCAGCUCAGACGUUGAUUUACGGCGAACUAGUGCAACCUACACAAACUCAUCUAAUCCAAGCCUCUUUAGCAGCGAUUCCUCUUCACCGAUGCCCGAUCAGUUAAGGGUAACUCAAAUCAUGAGCGAUGAGAGUUCAGAGGGAGUUUUAGAAGAAUUACAGAUGACCUGUCAUAGGGAUCCACAUUGCAAGUCUGAGGACAUUAGUGACACCACCCACAGAUUAAGUGUUACUCCCUCAGUAAUCAAUCUUGUCCAGGAUACCAAAGAUAUAGCACAUUUACUAAAUUGCACAGAAAAGUUUGUGGUGGUCCCCACCCGCUCAAGCAGACUAAAACUCAAACCGGACGUGACAGUCCCCUUGGCUGAAGUUCCCAAAAUGUCACUUAAGGAAGAAAAUAAGAUCUACAAAGUGGACCUUAAAAACAUAAAGGCUAAAGUUGGAUCACGACCUGCACAGUCCGCACCAAAACAAACUGGCCAGAGUAUAUCUGUUUCAGAAAUUGGAAGAAAAGUUGCUCCAAGGAAGGAAGAAGCAAAGGGUUUUUAUGAAUCUCAAAGGCCGAGACCAUCUGUAGGUACUGUUAAAGUAGCUCUGGUGUUGAAACCCAUCCGAGGACAGAGCACUUUAACCAAAAGCAACCAAAAUGCAGCAGCCUGUGACUCCAAAAAGUCAAAAAGGCAGACAGUGGCCUUCAGCGGAACACCUUCACGCUGCACCAGUAACUUGCACAAAGAGAAAACUAAAGACCAACACUGGGUCUCACCCAGAAAGGUAGUCCAGGAGAUAACUGAUAAGUGUCUAAUAAAACUAGACUCCAAGCAUCUGAGUGCAAUACCAUGUGAAGAAUGUCUGGAGGAUUAUUGGGAAGGGAGUGAUGAGGCACUACUGACUCUGGCCAAUAUGGACAAACCAAGGAACCACACCCAGAAAGUAUCUAAAUUGGGGCCUACUGUAAGACCUCCAAGGAAAAAGGGACUAGUCCCACCUCCAGGGACUGGACCUCCAGGACCGGAGAGCCUCAGGCACCGGCAAAGCCAUACAAAUGGACCUAAUUUGAAAGAAGUUAGCCAGAGUGCCGGAGAUGGGUCUCCAUUGAGAGUAAAACAUCUUCAAAAUCAGAGCCAUGGUGUCUCCAAACCUCACACCGUUCUGGAACAGACGGCUUCACCAACGGCCCCUGGCUCUUCCAAUUUCAAUUCAAAAUCUACAGUUAGUCACCAGCCGGCCUCUGGGUUAUGUGGGCGACCAGUUUUAAACCCUGCAUCCAAGCUUCCUGUUAAAGGAUUAUCUUCAAACCUUAUUUUCAAUGAGAACAGCGGACCCACAAGCAGAGGUUCUCUCAAAUCUUCAUGUUCUGGUAUCAAGUCAGAUGAGAGGGCCAGCAAAAAUCCUUCACUGGGCAGUCAGAGCGGGAAAACCCUGGCAGGUCCCGCUAGUUCCUUUGAGACUGUUAGCUAUUUCAACAGCCCUUGUCUUACUGAUGUUCCAAAGUCUCCUGUAAUAAGAAGCAAAGCUGCGUCUCUCCAGUCUCGAUCAACAAAUACAGGUUUGAAGGCCCCCUCAGUCAGCAACCACAACUUGGCCAAGAUCGCAACAGCCAAUCAAAUACCAAAGAUACCAUCAACUGUCACUCAGGUGCUGACAAAGCAAGCUCCCCAUUCAUUGCAAAGACGUGGCUCGGCAAGGCUCAAUGGACUUAAUGGAACAGUUGACAAAAACAAGCCCAGGGACGUCCACGCAAGAUCUGCAAAUAAUCGCAGCAGCUCUCCAGCUCCAGCACUCGCAGCAGGAAACAAGCAGCAGAAUCCAUCACGAGCACAGGCACCAAACGGGGUAUAUGCCAGUGCGCCUGUGACAACGGUUCCAGCAGUGCCUGUCAGUGUUUCCACCAACAGUGGAACCAUAGGACCACCUGCGCCCACGUUGAAAGGAAAAACUAGCACUCGGUCAAGCCCUAAACAUGGGACGCGCUUGCAAAGUGCGCCCAAGCCUGGUGUGGUCGCUGCAAAACACAACCAGGGCAAAGAACCAGCUGAAAAGAAGAACCAGGCCAGCCAGCUUUGGAAACUGCUCAGCCAAGCAAAUAAAAAAGUGGAGGUUCUCGCUACGGUGAUUCAACAUCUCUUCAAUGAGCGUGAAAAGGCUUUAAAGCAGAAGAAUGACUUGUCACUGGAACUGGCAAAACUCAAAGAUGAGCUUGUGGCAUCAUCUCAGUGUUGUGACCGUUUGCACAAGGAGAAGGAGGAGGCACACAUCAGUUCAGAAGAGACCUUGAAAGGGCUCGAUAAACAGCAUAAGGAGGAGCUGGUGCAACUGGAGGAAAGGUUGAGGAAUUUUUACCAAACAGAGUGGGACAAAGUCCACCAAGCUUACCAGGAGGAGGCUGACAAAUGUCGCAUGUUAAUGGAACAGCAGGUGGAGGAGAUGAGGACCAGAGAGGAAGCUGAGAGGAAGAACCAGGAAGCGAGUCACAACCAACUUGUGGAGUCUCUCAAAGAGCAGCAUGAGACCUCGCUACAAGAGCUUAAAAGAAUUCAGGAAAUUGAUCUGCAGAACCUGGACAAAACACUAAAGGAAACAGAAACCACUCUUUCAGAAAAAAUAUCUGAGCUUACGGGGGAGAAUGCAGCCUUGAACGAAAAGCUGAAAGCAGAGGAAGAGAGGCGGCAACUCUCAGACAAGAAUCUGAAGGACUCCCACACUUUGUACCUGGAACAGGAGCUUGAAAGUUUGAAGGUGGUGCUGGAGAUGAAGAAUAACCAGCUGCACCAAAAGGAAAAGAAACUCAUGGAAUUGGACAAAAUGGUGGAGACAAAUGUUAAACUGGAGGAAUGUCUAAAGAAGGUUCAACAGGAGAAUGAGGACUACAAAGCCAGGAUGGACAAACAUGCUGCUCUCUCCAGGCAGCUGUCCAGUGAGCAAGCUAUUCUCCAGCAGACACUGCAGAAAGAGUCCAAGGUCAACAAACGUCUGUCGAUGGAGAACGAGGAGCUGCUGUGGAAACUUCAUAACGGUGACCUGAUGGGGAGCCCGCGCCGACUGUCCCCCACCUCUCCCUUCGGCUCACCUCGGAACUCUGCGUCUUUCCCCGCCGCCGCUCCCUUAUCUCCAAGAUAACAGCGUACUCCUUGCCUUUGAACUCAUUUCGAGAAGGAUCCCAAAAUCGGACCUAGUCAGCUGCACAUUUUGCGAUGAACUAUUUGCCACAUCGUCACAGAUGCGCAACGAUGCGAGCGAUGGGCUCGUUCAGCUUCAGACUACCAAAUGCCAACAACUUUUUUCCUAAAGAAAAUUAACGGAAAAUCUCAGGGUCUGUAUAUAGUGUCACCCAUGUUAUGUCUACCUUUACUUUUAAUUUGGUUAUGUUCACAUUAAGGAGCUUCCCGGGAUAUGUACUUGGGUUGCGUUUGGUCUGCAAAUCAUCCCCUGUCAUUUCAACGUUUGACAAGAAUUGAUGGCCUUUCUUGUUCGUUUAACGAGGACCGUUUUCUCCCCAAAGAGCGAAGCUCAAUCACUGGUCUGCUUCAGACUUCCGGAAGAUGUGACUUCACAAAUGCUUAUAUAGGCAAACGAGAGCGUCUACUCAAGUUGACGUCAGAUGGAUGUUCUUGUUCUAUGUUUGCUCCUUCCAACCUUACUCUACUAUGUGGAAUGUAAUUCUCCUUGGAUGUUAUGUCUGUGCAGGCCAGAUUAGACCCUGCCUCCCAUUUCGAGGAGGUUAACACGUGUAAUUAUAUUCCUGCUGUAUCCUAAAGAAAAGUAGAAUUCAUCGAAACCUUGUAAAAUCACAUUGAUUUUGUAGCUGAUCGCUAAUUAUAUUGUCACAAUUGCCUAACCUUUCCCACAGUGACAACAUUGGACUUUUUCUGUGAAUCCUUAUAAACCUCAAAUGUACCCACAAUGCCUCAGUAGAGCAUGUUCUCUUUUAUUUUGAAAACAGGAUAAAUGCAGUAUGACAUUCAAUUCUUGUAAUGUUUUAA